AUGUCGGCCAUUACCGUCAACUCUAAGCAGCGCAUGAAUUCAGGCUUUGAGAUUCCUGUCCUAGGUUAUGGAGCAUGUUUAUCAAGUGUUCGCAACCAAAUACCAAAUCGCGUUGCAUGUCCCCAGCUAAUCACAACACUCAGACCAGCAGACAUCUGUGAGGAUGUAGUUAGGCAAGCCUUCAAGGCUGGAUAUCGACACGUAGACUGUGCAGCGGCCUAUCUAAAUGAAGCUCCAUCCGGAAAGGCCAUCCGAGAAUCUGGCAUCCCCCGAGAAGACAUAUUCUUUACCAGCAAAGUCUUUAAACGUGAUCUCAGCUAUGAAGGCGUCAAAUCUCAAGUCGACAAAAGUCUGAAAGAGAGUGGUCUGACCUACCUCGAUCUCAUGCUCAUCCACGCUCCUUUUGGGGGCUCACAGGGCAGAAAAGGUGCUUGGAAAGCACUGGCAGAAUCUGUCGAAGAAGGCAAGGUCCGUAGCAUCGGGGUCAGCAACUACGGAGUCCAUCACCUAGAUGAGCUUGAGCAGCAUAUCAAGGAAUUAGAGGAGGAGGGUGGGAAAGGCAAGGGAGGUGUAAUCUCCGUUGGACAAUGGGAGCUGCAUCCUUGGCUGCCUCGCGCUGAUAUUGUUGAAUGGUGCAAGAAGCGAAAUAUCGUGAUCGAGGCAUACUCGCCCCUUGUUCGCGGCCAGAGAUUGGACGACAAAGAUCUUUCCCCUCUGAUGAAGAAGUACGAAAAGAGCGCUGCACAAAUCCUGCUCCGAUGGAGUUUGCAGCAAGGAUUCGUUCCUCUUCCAAAGAGUAUCACUUCAAGCAGAAUUCAAGAUAACGCGGCAAUCUACGACAUCAAACUGACAGAGGAGGACAUGAAAAGCCUCACUUUCGAUAACGCAUAUAGUCCAUCGGCCUGGGAUCCAACCAGCCUGCAAAGCCAGCGAGAGCUAGCUUCGCACCUUUAUCUGGGCUCCGCAGUCACCGCGCUGACGGUGAUGGCUACUGUAUUCAAUAUAUUUGAGUUCGACCGCAUGCUCAGAAGCAAGAAACGCAGCGUUGUGAAGCACAUGGGUCCAUUCGUUACAACGACUGGGUUGCAAUGCACCAAGGAAGAACUGGCGAAAGCGGCGUCCGAUUUGCAGUGGACGUAUGCCCAGCAAGCGAAUCAUAGUUCCCAGGCUCUGGAUAAAAGUACCGAUGCGCCCGCUAAAGAUCUGGGUAACGAGUUUGUGUGGGAGUGUGAAUUGGAGUGGAGAUUCAUCAAUCUUGUGAACUACAUUGGAGAGAGAGACAUGCAAAAAUAUGAUAUGUCUGUCUCUCCAAACUCCGCCUCAUAUCAGGGCGACUAG